AUGGCGGCCGAAGACUCGAUGCUGGCCAGGGCAGAUGCGCUCCUGGAAGCGCUCUUCUCCGAUUGGAAUAUCUACUCGACUCUGCUCGCAACAGUCCUCGUCUCAUACAUCGGAUAUACACUCUUCUUCACACCGGACCCCGAUGCACACCCAUAUGUACUGGCCCGGCAGGGAGUGGUAGCUCCCGUCAGACAGCGUGGGGAGUCUGCUUCUGUACGGGCCAUGGACGUCCCCCAUGGCUACCCGCUCAAGGCUGGACUUGGUGUACGUGAUCCGGACACUCCUAGAUGGACUGCCGGCAGACGGGGAGACCUUCGAGAUAUAUGGAAAGCUGUUGUCCGCGGGGAGUUGAAUAGCGAUGGCACACCAUCGGGGAAAAAGGGAUCUAUCUUCACCGUGUUUGGAAACACAGCUCAAGAACGCAGUGUUGAUGAUAUUUCCCGGGAAAUCAAGAUCAUUGGACAGUAUAUCAGUGACACCAAGGCACAAAGAGUGGCUAUAUGUCUCACUGACUCGGUAGAGAUGCUUGCAACUAUCUUCGCAAGCGCUUUCUACGGCUUUCCAACUGUUAUCAUUCCUCACAACCUUCCUCCUCAAACACUUGCUGGUUAUCUUCAAGAGACAAAGGCCGAUGUUCUCAUUGCCGAAGCUGGUGCUGUGGAAGUUACUACUUUGCUGAAAAUGUGUCCUGCUCUGAGACAUGGAAUAUGGGUUGCUCAGGAGGGCAGCCGACACAUGGACUGGAAUGAAGUCCCUGAAGGGGCUGGUAGCAAGAUCGAAGUGUCAACGUGGCACGAGUUAGUCAAUGAGAAAGAGGGCUCGGUUAGCCCUGAGGUACCCGAAUGGGAUGUUAAAUCCCCAACCCCUUCUCUGACCACUCUAUGCCCAUCUAAGAAGGGUCUAGGUUCAUUCAUCGAGUAUACUUCAGAGAACAUUAUCUCUGGUGUUGCUGCAUUGGGUUCUUCUUUACCCCGCAACGAACAGCUCAAGUCAUCAGACUUGGUCUUGUCAAUUGAUUCGCUUGCACACUCUUAUACCCUUUGUUUCGUUCUAGCCGCCUUGUACUCAAAUGCAUCAAUUGCUUUCAACUCCGUCGCUGGAGAAAUCGUCGACUUUGCUCUUGCAACUACCGGAGUCUCGCCAACAAUUAUCAUCGCCUCAUCACACACUAUGUCCGAUUACCAUGCUCAAUACAUGGGCCCGCAAUUGAACCCGUUGGUGAAACUUGGCCGCUUCUUCCAAACUCGGGCCUUAGAUUCAGGAAGGAUGCCAUCAAGCAACAUUCUCUCUGCUCUAGGCGGAAGUGGGCCUGUCUCGGAACAGACAUUAAAAAAUUUAAGAUUGAUUCUUGUCUCUCAUCGAGCUGAAGGAGAUAGGAACAACCAACUCACCAGCGACCAGCUUACAGAUUUCAGGAUCAUGACAGGUGCUCGACUCGCAUAUGCGCUUACUACUGGGAAAGUAGCUGGAGCUGUUUGUCAGACAAAUCCAUAUGAUUACAGAGGACAGCGGGGUUUCAGCCACUUUGGCCCUCCCUUGAACAGUGUGGAGGUCAAACUAGUUGAUUACGAUGAAAAGUCAGGCAAUGAGAAAGCCAUUGAGGGAAAGAUCCACAUAUCUGGACCUGCUGUGGUAUCUGGUGAAUGCAAGCUUGAAGCCGAUGGCUUAUUCCAGGAGGACAAUACUCUAGUUCUCCUAGCUUGA